UUUUCAGCAAAUCACAGAUCAGAAAGGUCCAAAAGUGAAUCAGAUUCCUGUCGAUCUUCUAGUUCAAAAGUAUCUGUAAGAAGAAGGCAUUGGUCAGAUAAAGAAAAAAUGUACAGGAAAGAUUUAAGUGAAAUUGAAUGGAGAAGACAGCAAGAUCAACUUUGUCAAAAACAAAACAAAACCGUGAACAGAAGAUUACAAGCUCUGCAGAGCUCUUUUAUAAAAGAAGGUGGCAAACGCUUGUACAGGAGUGAUUCAGAAAGCAGUUGUCAUUCUAAUUCAAGUCAAAUAUCAGGCCUGGGAGGUGGAAAGCACAAGCUGAAGUAUGCAAAACUUGAUGGGCAGUCUCAUAUGCAGCGAAAGAGGGAAGCUAGUUCCCUGUCAUCAGAUUCAGACAGCUUUUAUUGGCACACACACAGACGUAUCACUAGUGCCAGGACGAUUGAUUACCCUGUGGUACAGAAGAUUGUGCUUCUUGAGACACCAAUCCUUGCAGACAUCCCAAUAGAUAACUUUGAGGACCUACUGGAGGACAUGGACCGGCUGUAUUCACGGAGGAGUACAUGGCAGCUCCACCUGCUGUCCAGCCAACUGAGCACUAUCAGGAAUACACAGCAGGAGAAGGAGUCUUUAUUGCAAUGUCAAGAGUACCGAGAUAUCGUACGGGUGAUUGAAGACGUCGGUAUAACUUCAGUAGAUCAGUACGCUGAAUUGCUUAAAUGCCGGAGAAGAACAGCUGAACUGCCCAAUAAAUACCCGGGAAUACCACUAGUGAUUUAUAUUCUGAACUCCCUGAAGGGUGAUGGUGAACCUUGCAGAACUGGAGGAAUUGUGAAGACCAACCUAGAGGCGUUUGUAGAGCGUUUCCUCACAUCCAUGUAAGAGCUCUUGCAUUUCUCGGGGCAGACUACUGUGAGAGAAUACAGUGUCAGACUACAGUGUGAGAUUAUAAUGUCAGACUACAGUGAGAGAUUACAAUGUCAGACUACAGUGUGAGAUUAUAAUGCCAGACUAAAGUGUCGUACUACAAUGUCAGACUACAGU